AUGGAAGCAAUCAAGAAGCUGAAGCCUCCCAAAACGCCGCCAAAGGAAGUGGAAGCCAUAACCAAAAACGUAGAGGUGAAGAAGAACGAGUUCUGGGGGUGGUGCGUAUUGGCGUCCUUCCUCGCGCUCCUCGUCAUCUCCUGCGGCGUCUACACUCUGGUCAAGCUCUUCCCCAACUUCCUGCCCCACAACAAACCGGGCCCGAACCGGCCCGGCCCAAUCGCGAGGAACUACGCCGACGCGCUGGGAAUCGCGUUCCAGUUCUUCGACGUGCAGAGGUCCGGGAAGCUGGUGAACAACAGGAUAUCGUGGAGGGGAGACUCGGCCCUGCGCGAUGGGAGCGACCGCAACUUGGACUUGUCGAAAGGGCUGUACGAUGCCGGAGACAACGUGAAGUUUGGGUUUCCGAUGGCGUUUACGGCGACUCUCCUGUCGUGGGCGAUUCUCGAGUACGGCGAGAGAAUGGCCGCCGUGGAGCAGCUAGGGCAAGCUCAGGAUUCUCUCAAGUGGAUCACUGAUUUCCUCAUCAACGCCCAUCCUUCGCCCAACGAGCUCUAUGUUCAGGUAGGCGAUCCAGAUCUGGACCACGAGUGCUGGGAAAGGCCAGAGGGCAUGUCGGAGAGGCGGCCGGCAGCUCAAGUGAACGCCUCCUUCCCAGGUUCCGACGUCGCGGCGGAGGUAGCUGCUGCCAUGGCUUCGGCUUCUCUUGUGUUCAAGAAGAUAGACCCCGACUACUCCUUUACGCUGCGGACGAAUGCAGAAGAGCUCUUCGCUUUUGCGGACCUUUACAGGGGUGCUUACAGUGUGAGCAUUCCUCAAGUGAAGAAGUUCUACAAUUCCACAGGAUACGGAGACGAACUUCUUUGGGCAGCCAGUUGGCUUUACUAUGCUACCAGAGACCCAUCUUACCUCAAAUAUUUGACCGUCAUCAAUGGAGACGUCUUUGGUAACUGGGGAGAUCCCAGCUGGUUUAGUUGGGAUGAUAAGCAUGCCGGAACUCAGGUUUUACUUGCUAGGAUGAACUUUCUGGGAGAAAAAGAUGGAAUAUCACCCGACGAAAAUGCUAAGCUACAAAUGUACACAAGAAUGGCACAAGCCACAAUGUGCACUCUCCUCCCGGGUUCACCUUCGGCCACUUCCAGCAGAACCGCAGGCGGCCUCAUAUGGGUCUCAGAAUGGAACGCCUUGCAGUACUCGUUGGCUGCUACGUUUCUCGCUGUUCUCUAUAGCGACUACAUGGCAACUUCCCAAGUCCAAACUCUCUUCUGUGACGGCACGACGUUCAGCUCGAAGGAUCUUCGCCACUUCGCCAUCACACAAGCGGAUUACGUGUUGGGCAAGAAUCCGAUGGAGAUGAGCUACCUUGUUGGCUACGGAAUGGAUUACCCUCGCUACAUCCAUCACAGGGGGUCGUCGAUACCGGUUGACUCGAGAACCAAUUGCAGGGAGGGAUUCAAGUGGUAUGAUUCUCCCGACCCGAACCCGAAUAUCCCUACCGGUGCAGUGGUCGGUGGCCCGUUCAUGAACGAGACCUACGUUGAUAACAGAACAAACCAUAGGCAAGCCGAGCCGACGACUUACAAUUCUGCGUUCAUCGUUGGCCUCCUCUCCGGCUUGCUUACCACUGCCUCAGUUCCUCAGUCUUUUGGGUAG